AUGGUUAAGGCAGGUACGUAACUCAUCACUAGGGAGUCUGGGAUGUCUGAUUCGCCCGAGUGGAGCUGGUUCAGCAAGAAUGAGCAUGUUUUCCGCUGAGCGGAUGACCUCCGAGUUCUGUUCUCAUUUGAUGGCAGCGAAGUCAUCAAGGUGUGGCCGACGGGGCCAUUCGAAGAGUUGAACGUCGUGGCGCAGACACCUUGAUGGAUUUCCUCUUCCUCAUCACACCACAUGAGAUGUGCAUCGGGGCGAUGAUGAGGAUACCUCACCACUUCAAGAAGAUCAUGCUAACGAGCAUGUCGCUCCCACAGUCGCAGUUCUCCGCGGUGACUCCAACGUCAAAGGCACCGUGACCUUCGAGCAGGCAUCCGAGGGUGCCGACACCACCAUCUCCUGGGACAUCACCGGCCACGACGCCAACGCCGAGCGUGGAAUGCACGUCCACGCUUUCGGUGACAACACCAAUGGCUGCACCAGUGCUGGUCCUCACUGUAAGGCCCCCUCCCUUUCCCCCUCCCCCUUCCUCCUUCUCCAUCUCCCUCUAACGUCGAAUUCUCCCUUCCACAGUCAACCCGCACAACAAAACCCACGGCGCCCCCUCGGACAGCGAGCGCCACGUCGGCGACCUCGGAAACUUCAAGACCGACGGCCAGGGCAACGCCAAGGGCUCCGUCGCCGACAAGUUCGUCAAGCUCAUCGGGCCGGAGAGCGUGCUCGGCCGCACCAUUGUCGUGCACGCCGGCACCGACGAUCUCGGCAAGGGCGAGAACGAGGAGAGCAAGAAGACGGGCAACGCCGGUCCUCGUCCCGCUUGUGGUGUUAUUGGAAUCUCCCAAUAG